AUGGCGAAAAAGGGAGUACCGGUGUUGAAUAAGAGUAAGAUGAGAGUUGAUCAGUUAGUGAGAGUGCAAGUUGAGAUACCAAAUAAGUUGAGUAAAGAAGAGAAGAAACUUGUUGAGGAGCUUGCUGAUAUGAGCAAGAACAAGGUAGCUAAUAGCAGGAGAUAA